AUGAGGCACCGCGACCUCGGCCCAGAGCAGGAGAAGGAACAGGGGGUUUUUAGUCAUAAAAUCAGUAGCGUGUUCUUUAGUGAAAUCUGCAAUGAAGUGAAACAAACCAUGAGAGCCCUGAUUCUCGCUGCCCUCAUCUCAGUGGUAGUAGCCCACCCUGGCCUAGUGCCAGUUGGUCCUGCUGGCCCAGCCCCCGCACCUGAACCUGAAGACGCAUUCCAACCGAUUGCUAUAGGCCCUGCCAUCCUUGACAACUUCCACCCCAUUGCUAUCGGACCCGCCAUAGUCCCGGACCCCGUCCCUAUUGUUCCUGAGCCGGUUGCUGUUGGUCCCGCUAUCAUCCCAGCUCCUAAGGCUCCCCUUGUGCAAAUUAUCUUGAACGUCAACGCUGCUGCGAGUGCACCUGCGCCUGUGCCCGUUCUGCCCGUGCAUGUGGUUGAUGAAGCCCCAGCUCCAAUUGACCCUGUUCAGGUUGUUGAAGUGGCACCCGAACCCGAACCCGAACCCAUCCCCGUUGAACCCGUCGUCAUCGGUGAACCUAGUCUCCCUGAACCAGUCGUCUCACCUCCUGAACUCAACUAA